AAUAUUUUCAAAUUCCCUAUAUAUAUAUACAAAGUGAUAAGAAAGAAUUAUAUUCUGAUUAUUGGUAUUAUUCUUCAAACUCUCAGAAAUUUGUUUUAACUAAAUAUUUUAGAUGGAUUACAUUAUUAAAAUUGCUGAAAUGAAUUUUUACUUGGGAUUAUUCAUUGUAUUGGCCAGUUCGAUGAAUAAUCUUAAUGAAGCCGAAGAAAAUUCUUCGUAUGACAUAACUAAUGAUGAUGUUUGUAUAAUAUGUCAUGGUGAAAAUAUAGAAUUAGGGUCAUUUAAUAACUGUGUACACAAAAUAUGUAUUGAAUGUUCAAAAACAAUGCGUUUUAAUUAUGUUUGUGAAUGUCCAAUAUGCCAUAAUGAAAAUACCGAAGUUACUGGUGUUCAACCAGAUACUGAUAAUAUAUGUUACACUUGUGGAAAAGAACCAGUAACAGUAGACAUUGGUUGUAUAAAUAAUCACAUGACGGGUAAUAAUUGUGCUUAUAGAGCGAUUAAUGUCUUACAAUUGCCCUAUAAUUGUCUAUACUGUAACAACGGUACCCUUGGUUACAAAAAUGUCCACGAACCUAAAAUUUCUUCAACAGGUGAAGAUGAAAUAUGUUUGUGUAAAUCUGAACAUGUCAGUCAUUUAUUGAUGCCUUGUAAUCAUCACAUUGGAACUUUGUGUUCACUCUAUUUACGAAGCAAUUCUAAGGACUGUUUUUUAUGUGGAGCGAUAGUUGAUGAAUGUAUAUCUAUAAAAGAAUUUCACAAAAGAGAAAUGGAAAACAUAGAAAAAGCCAGAAAGACUGAAGAAGCCAAAAAAAAUAAAAAAUAUAGAGCUCUAAAAAUGUUUUUAUGUAAUACAUAUGGAGAAUCAUCGAGUCAUGAUGAUUAAUAUGAUUCCUUUGAUUUAUUUAAAAGGACAACAAUGAAUAUUUCUACAGAAUAAUAAAUCACGGAAAUAUUUUUAUGAUUUAUUUUUAAUUCAAAAUUCUAAUGAUAAUAACUAUACAUUUUCUUUUAUUAUAAAGUGAUAAUUGUAGUAAUAAUAAACAUAUAAAACAAAUUUGUGAUAUUAAAGAAAAAUGUUAAUACUCAAUUAAUAAAAAAACAUUUAUAACUAC